GCGCGGACGCCCGCCAGACGGGGGACGCAGUCGUCGCAGAGCAGCGGGGCGACGCCCGAUCGCGCCUUUGGUACGCCGCUCAGCGCCUCCAAGAGCCCGGCGGGCGUCGAUGCCACACCCCCGAGGAGGGACAACGCGGCGGGGAGCCCCGGCAAGCGCCUCGAGGCCGCCGCCUCGUCCAGCAGCGGGCCGCGGGGCUCGGCGCGGGUCUCGGGCGGCAGCGCCGGCAGUGCGCGCAAGGGCGAGGCGGGCGCCGCCGCGUCCCCGCGGCAGAGGGCCGCCGGCGAGAAGAAGCCGGCGAUGCCCUCGCAGACGCGGAAGGUCUUCGUGGGCGGCAUCCCGCAGGACAUGCGCCAAGACGACCUCUACACCAUCUUCGGGGAGUACGCCAAUGUACGCAAGGCGUGGCUGCAGCGUUACCGGCUGAAUGGAAAUCCGAAUCCAUGUCCACCGCACAACCACAGGGGCUUCGGCUUCGUGGUCUUCUCCGAGGCGGACGCCGUGGGCCGGCUGCUGGGCCCGCACGCCUCGCGCUUCAUGGUGCUGCGCGACGGGCGGCGGCUCGAGGUGAAGCGGGCGGUGAGCAGCAGCGACCUUCGAGGCGGUUCGGCCGCGGAUGCCCCGCCGAUCAUGCCCAUGGCGAAG